AAAAACGACAUAAUUAAUUAAUUAUCAAAGCAAGUGAAAAAAACAAAACGGUCCAUUUACCUGAGCUAAUUGUUCAUGUGAAAAAAAGGUGAAAAUUUUUUAACCAGACAAAAAAAAAGAGCCAAACGAACAAGUUCAUGUUGUUGAUCAUCAUGGAUUUUUGUUUCUGGAUUCGGGUAUAUAUAUAAUCUGCGUAUCAAACAUUUGGAUAGUUCCAGAAACACGAAACUAAACAACAUAUCGACCAAAAGAUUUUGAAUCUUGAAAUUCAAAAAUUUUUUUUUCUACUUCAAAGUCCAAGUCCAAGUUGACAAACAACACAACAACAGCAGCAAAAAUCAUGCAAAAAUCAACGAUCAUCAUUGUUUGUUUGGCCAUCAUUUUCGUAUCGGUUGAUGCUAAUUUAAUCGUGAAAAGUAAAGGCAAAAAAAGUAGUGACCUUGUCAUGAUUGGUGAUAAAUGUCAACCAACGAUUGUUAAAUCUGGUGACAAAAAAGGAAAAAACAGUGAUACUAUAAUCAUGAAUCCAGAAUGUCAUCAUAAAGAGAAAAAAGAAUAUGUUGCAUAUCCGGUUUAUCAUGAAUAUCCAUCAAUAAUACAUGAAUAUCAUACUGGUUAUGGUUAUGAUUAUGGCCACAACAAUAAUAAUUAUGGUCAUCAACAAAAUUAUGGUCAUAAUGAUCAUAAUGGCUAUCAUCAUGGUAUGGAUAAUAAACAUUAUGGCUAUCAUCAUGGUAUGGAUAAUGAUCAUCAUGGUUAUUAUGAUUAUUAUCGUAAAUAAAUCCAUCAAUUAAUCACCAUUAAUGACCAUCUUUGAACCGGAAAUUUGCAAAAACAAACAAGAAAAUUGAAAAAAAAACCAAAAUUAACCACAAUACAUGUUUGACUGCCAAUAUACAGUGGUAUCGACAAUCAAUCAAUCACACUAAUUAACAUUGAAAAUUCUGUUUAUUCAAUUUUUUAUCGAUUUUUUUUUGUGUUCGUUAAA